GGUCUCGGCUCGGGCGAUGUGUACUUAGAAUAGGUACAGAAAAGGUUACCAUCUUAGAAAUCGAAGACAGGCAGGUUUAAAAUACACGAAAAACAUGUAAAUGUUUUAGUGAUGUGGCGGAUCAUCAACAGCAUCUUCAGGGGUGUGAGAAGUGCGAGACCAAGUCAAUAUGGUUGCCAGGAGUACACAGAAGAUAACAAGUAUCGAUGUGGACCAGUAACACAAUGCUUGCUCACUCUUCAGUACAGCUCAUUCUCAACACCAUGGUAUACCACCACAACAUUAAACAGCAACAGCAGCAAGCAAGUGACUGGCAUAGACAGUGGGAAGAUUUACAAUACUGGAUGUGUGGGAAAUGGAAACAGGAUCAUAUUAUUUCAGUUUGCUCAACUAUGUACUGAUCUCCAAGAGAGAAAACAGAAAUGGAGUAGAAGUGGAAUUGGAGAUAAACUUACAACUAAUCGUAUGAGGAGGCCUCCUCCCUGGCACUGGGAGAUACUCCUUAACCAACAUCGCCAAGAAAACCCAAGAAGAAACAGGAACAAGUGGGAGAAGAGAGAGGAGAGACAAGAAUGGGAUAGAGCAUGUCAUUGGCAGCAGCGAAAGCGGUUUCUGUUUACGCAUUCAGUUUUUCAGUCAUUGGGAUGGGGUUCAGCUGUUGUACUAACUUGGUCCAUAUAUAAUGACUGGGGCAACCACCCAUACAGUUAUCACUGGAACACAAGGAGACAAUGCAAAGAAAUUUUUCUUAGUCAAAGUGAGGAAGAAAUUAAUUCCAAGCCUAAAACCAAUGACAGUGAACAGCAUCAGCACAAUAAGGAAGGUGAAGACCAAUAUUGCUACAGUGUUAGCCAGUCUGGUUGCCUUGGUGACCACAACUGCCAGUGUCCCCAGCACACAUUAUACAAAGAAAAUUUUUGCAGCCAACAAAGCCAGAAUUUUUUCUGUCCUGAGACUAACAGGUCUCUCUUCAGUUUUCUGUGGAGCUCUUCUGAACAUAAAUUCUUAAUAGAACAACCAACAGAUACACUGUCAGAUGUUCUUGAUAUUCCAGAAAUUCAAGAAUUCCAAGAUAAAGACAGAAUAGAACUACCUGUAGUUCAAAGUAAAUUCUCUGUGGAAGUACAACCAAAAGAUUCACUGUCAGAUGUUCUUGAUACUCGAGACAUUCACUCAAAUAUUCAAGAAUUCCAAGGUCAUAAGAGACUAGAAUUGCAACAGGACUAUGAAAAUGAAACAGAGCUGUCCAUAGAGGGAGAAGCCCAGGUGUGUGAGCAAGAUGAGGACUCUGGACGGCCUGUAAAAGGAGAUUUGAAAUGUAGUCUAAAUUCUGAGCUGUGUAAUAGUUUGCCGGCAUCAGGUUUGGAACAAGAUGCCAUAAAUACGAGUGAUGGUCUAGGCUUACUCCAAGGAGAAACUUUAUUUGAGGAGAAUGGGAUUGUUGAGUGCAUGAAAGUCUCAAGAGAAAUUAAAGGAUCAGAAGAAUGUGUGCCAUGUGGCUCAGGCAUUUUAACAAAGCCUCAAGCUGUAAGGAGUGAGGAGGUGAAAAUUAAGGACUGUACCUCUGAUGACAGUGGCCAAAGUACAUCAACAUCUUCAAACUCUUCAUCACACCAGCUUGACAAGAUGACUAUUGAAGAAUUCAGUGACAGCUUAACAAAGGUACAGUUUUCCACAAAACAUACUUUUUUGUUCAUUUAAAUCUUACAGAAAUGU